UAGUAUUUGGGGAGACCUCUAAGGAAUACCAGGAGUGCUUUAUUUCGAGAGAAGGAACUGCAAAGCCACUUCCAAGGAUCCCUUGCCUAAGAAGACCCUCUGAAAUUAAUGGGGUCGCCAUAAGUUGACAGAUAUCCAGGCCCAGCCAUGCAGUCCUUCCGCGAAAGGUGUGGUUUCCAUGGCAACCAGCCGAACUACCAGCCGACUUCGGCGCAAGAUUCAUCACGCCUGGAGAAUUACAGGCAUCAAAGCCAGGCUGGGCCGCACUGCGAACGCCAGAGGCUGGUAGCCAAGGAGUACUAUAGUCAGCCCCAGCCACCGCAGCCACCGCCGCCGCCGUUGCCGUACCCAGGCUACGGGGAAAACAGCGCCGUGGACAAAUACCACCGUGGGAGUAAGCCCUUGCGGGGCCAGGCGAUCCCUAGUCGGCCUCCGUCCUUCCCAAGCUACGCCAUCCAGGAGAACAGCCCCUACCCGGCCCGCUAUUCCGGCGAGGAGAGCUUGCAAGGCUGGGGUUCGCCUCAGCCGCAGCAACCUCCGCAACCUUUGCCCGGAGGAGUGGCCAAAUACGAGGAAAACUUAAUGAAAAAGACGGCCGCUCCUUCGGGAAGCAGGCAAUACCACGAGCCGGGCCCUCAGCUCCCCUUCCGGACUCACUCCUUGCACCUCCAGCAGCCGCCUCCGCCGCCACCGUCGACUUUGAGCUAUCCCAAGCUCCCGAGGCAGAAAAUCCAGAAUGAGGUAUCUUCUCCGAUGCCAUUUCCACAAGGGGCUCACUUUACUCAACAUUCGCAGUCCUUCCCGGCCUCCUCCACAUACACCUCUGUCCAAAGCGGGAGCCAAGCGGCUCAUUCCUACAAAAGUUGCAAUGCUCCCUCGGCCCCACCACCGCCGCCGCCGCCUCACGAACGGAGUCUCGGGAAUGCCGCUAAUCUGUCCUCUGGGCAACGGGUCCAGAGCUUACAUGGCUACCAGCCUAACCGAAUCAGUUACGACCAACAACAGCAGCAGCAGCAACAGCAGCAGCAGCAGCAACAACAACAACAACAGCAGCAAUCCAUGCAAGGCAGACACCAUGCUCAGGAGGCCCUUCAUUAUCAAAACCUUGCAAAAUACCAACAUUAUAAUCAGCCAGGACAGAGCUACUGCCAAGCGGAUGCACCUGUGAGGACACCAGACCAGUAUUACCAAACUUUUAGCCCCGGUUCCAGUCAUUCUCCGGCCCGUUCCGUUGGUAGAUCUCCAUCCUACAGUUCGACUCCUUCCCCUUUGAUGCCUAACUUGGAGAACUUUCAAUACAGCCAGCAGUCUUUGAGUACAGGAGCGUUCCCAGCCAGCCUCGCCGAUCACAGCUCUUUCAUGCCUUUGUUGAACCCUUCGCCAACCGACGGGGCGAGUCCAGACACUCAGCCCCCCGGGAACUGCAAGAACUUGCCGAAGGAAAAAAUGGCUGAGAACCUCUUGUCGGACCUGAGUCUUCAGAGCUUGACGGCGCUCACCUCGCAAGUCGAAAACAUUUCCAACACCGUCCAGCAGCUGCUUCUUUCCAAAUCCACAGGGAUGCCCCAGAAGAAAGGGAUCAAAAAUUCACCCAGGACACCCGAACAGCUCAAGGGUCAGCAUUGCAGCCCCGAAAGUAAUAAUUAUUCCACUGAGCAAGCAGGGACUCCACACUCAGACCCUCUUAGCACGCCGCAGUCAGUCCAUGCUGAAACCCAGGAUGCUGAUUAUAUGAGUGGAUCUGAGGAGCAACUCGAAAGAGGGUUCCUCUACUGCAAUCAGAGCCGCAGCCCGGCCCGUGUCAACAGCAACUCCAAGGCAAAGCCCGAGUCCGUCUCUACUUGCUCCGUGACUUCGCCAGACAAUGCAUCAACAAAGUCUGACGAUUCCUUCCAGAGCAUCCACACCAGUCUUCCGCUGGAGACCUUCACCAAGUUUGUGGCCAACGAGAGAGAUUGCCCCAGAUUGCUCCUCAGUGCCCUUUCUCAAGAGGAGCUUGCCUCUGAAAUUAUUGGCUUGCAAGACGCCAUCAAUGAGAAAGCAGACAAAGGCUGGGCCAAUUCCCCAGCUCCAAACAAAGACCCCGACAAAUCCCCCUUCCACUUGGAGAAUCACAGAACCUGCCUGGAUUCUGUGGUCAAAAGCCCGUGGUCCAAUCCGGGGGACUCCAAUACCCUUGCCGAACCCUUGAAGUUAGACAAAGCCUUGGGAGGGAACAAUGGGAAGAAUUUUACCGAAGAGGUAUAUGAUAACCCCCAGGUGGUAUUUACAACAGCGGAGACAAAGAACUCCCUAAAAACCACCAGCUCGGUAGGCUACAACUCCAAACCCAACAUCUCAGUGGCCACCUCCAGCUCAGAGGCCACGAGUUUCAGCUGCUAUUCGAAUGCCACAGCCAAUUCGGUAGGAUCUGAAAGUGCCAUGGAGAACUUCGACUGGCCAGAUGAAAACCUCAGCGACACGUGGAAAGAACUUGGGUCGAGUCUCCAAGGGUCAGAUCUUUCCAAAACUCUGUUCUCUAGCAAACUGAGUGAGACUUCCGAGGAGAAAAAAAAUGCCUGCUGCUUGAGUCUUUGUGAUACAGAGGAACCGGCUGGAUCUGAGCACAUGGAAGGUUUCACUCAGCAGCAGCAGCAACAACAACAGCAACAGGAGAACAAGGGAGAAAACUUAGCAUACGAUGAGACCACCAGGGCAGACAGUGAACGAUGGCUAGAAGACACCACUAGGCAGUCUUGUUCUGGAGGAGACUUCAGCGAACUCCCAAUGAUGUCCUCUCCAGACCUUAAAGAAUCUGAUUUGGAACCAGAAGAAUAUUCCUCUUUGUGUGAACUUGCCGGUUCUGAGCAAAAGUCUGUGACCUAUGAUGCUUUCACACCUAAGCCAGCAGAGAAUGCUCCUGCCCUUUCCCUCCAAGACACACCAGGCUCAGCAGAGGAGACAACCAAUGCUGUUGCAAAAGAGAGUACCGCUCCUUCUUCGCAUCUCUCCGACCAAUCCGUUAUCCUCUUAGGCCCAACAGUGGGCACAGAGACAAAAGUGAAAAGUUGGUUUGAAUCUUCUCUCCAUCACUUGAAGCCCGAGGAGGAGACCUUGGGGGUUGAAAAUGCCCUCCCUGAUAAGGCAGAAGCAUCAGUGACCUUGGUGGGGAAGAAACCGAUCUCGCUGGAAAAAAACCCAAUAAUAUCCGAACCAACAUCCAGGGGUAAGAGCCUUCGCAGUAAGAAGGUCUCCUGCAGGCUGUCGGGAGGAGAAGAACCCAUCCAACCCAUGUCCAGCCCUUGUACAGGCAUCCAGGCAGCUGACAUGGUGGCCAACAUGUGCCCUGGCCCAAACAAUCUGAUCGAAAUGCCAAGUAAGAAUCCUCAUGGCCAAACUCCCCGGUUUCCAGCGGAAGGCUUACCGGCUAGGAUGUGUACCCGCUCCUUUACUGCACUGACCGAACCCAGGGUGCCGGAUCCUCUAGAAGGUGCAAAGACCUCGGCUCCUCAAGAGAAACUGGGCAAGAAGUCAGCUUGUGUCCUGAAACAGAGAGCCACGUUCAAAGCUAGGAAGCCGAAUGGUAAGCCCAGCAACCCGUCUCCCAUGCUGGUCCCAAAUUUUGUGCCGAAUGAAGACCCUGCUGGACCUAAAAUCAAAGAAGCCAACCCUUCAGAAGCAGAAAUGAAGGAUCAACAGUCCAUGAUCCUUCGGUCCAGAACUCGGACUCAGGAGGUCUUUAAUGCAAAGCGGAAGAGAGAGAAGGGCACUAUGGAUACCCAGCUCAAACCACCCAAGAAAGUUUUUCCAAACCACCACCUGCUGGGUUCCUUCAAGAUGAGUCCCCAAAGCAGGUCUGAAAGGGAGAGCAAGCUGGGCAAAAAGGUAAAGCUUCCUAAAGCCAGACCUGAAAUGGUGGACAAGGUUUCCGAGAGACCACUCCAUGCCCUGAAGAGGAAGUCUGCCUUCAUCCCUCCGGUUCCUGCUAAAAAAAGGAACCUGGUUUUAAGGAGCAACAGCAAUGGCAGCAGCACCGUGAAGGAGGAGAAGCCAGAAGUCAUGCCUGUCCUGUUCAAAAGGAUGCCGUCGGCCAAAAAGGCCAAAACGAAGCCCUCUCCCAAGAACCUCUGUGAAGCCAUCCUCAGGUCUCCUCAGGCCAAGGAAAACCCCGGAGUUUGCCUCAAGAUCAGUUCUCGGGCUGCCUUCCAGGGAGCCAUGAAGACGAAAGUGCUUCCUCCGAGGAAAGGCCGAGGCUUGAAGCUGGAAGCCAUCGUUCAGAAGAUCACCUCCCCUAAUCUGAAGAAGUUUGCUUGCAAAACGGCUGUGGCUGCCACCGCCGCCACCGCCAUCUCUUCUCCUGUCCCCACCAACAGCAGCAAUAGCAGCAGCAGCAGCAGCAGCAGCUCCCACAGUAAUCCUCUCAGCCCUUCCCUACCAGAGAGGGAGCCGGCCUCAAAGAAUGCAAGCAUAACCCCAGCGGCGGGGGAAGCCAGGCCAUUAAACCAGGCCGUGUCACAAAAGGCUCCCGCUGCUCCAGCCGCUGAGCAAUUAUGCAGAAACCCGAACAACAGAUCCUUCAGAGGAAAACUAAUGAACAGUAAGAAACUGUCCUCCAACUGUUUCAAGGGUGAGGCCUAUUCAUCUCCUGAGACGCUGCAGCACGGCGGCGGCAGCAUGGCUGCAAGCGGCGUCGGCCUGCUGCCCAAGAAAAGGAACCGAAAAGGGAAAGUGGCUGUCUUCCGAGUUGCUAAAAAUAGUAGCUUGGAGAAAUGCCCUCACCUGAGCCCGGCUUUGCUUCUCCCAUCCAGGGAGAAGUCAGGGGUGGCAGCGGCUGCGGCAGCAGGAGGAGGAGGAGGAGGAGGGAAAGUGGAAGAGGAACAAAGGGAGGGGAAAAAGCCAAAGGCUGAAGACAAAGCCUUUGGCAACAGCGAGGCCUCUGAUGGAAGACCCUCGCAGGCCCAAACCAGGGGCCAGAAGCAGCGAGCCAACCACUCCAACUACAACGGCUACACCAAGAGGCAAAGGAAGCACCUCAACCGCCGGAAGGCUCAAAACGUGCCGUCGAGGUGUAAGAACCGGGCCAAAAGGCGGCACCGGCAGCAGGCCCCUCUGCUCAGCCCCGCCGAGCCCGAAAUUCGGCUCAAGUACGUGUCCUGCAAGCGGCUGCGGCCGGACAGCCGGGCGCCACCCUUCUCCCCGUACGUCCGGGUGGAGAAGCAGGGCGAUUUCGUCACCACUUGCACCGUGGUCAACUGCCCCGCUGAUGAGGCCAGACUCCACAACGACCAGCAUGCGGUGUCUUCUUCUUCUUUGUCGGCCCAGGCUGGGUUUCUGGGGGCUGCCUCCCUGCAAGCCCGAGCCAUCCUUCCUCUGUCGUCCACAAUGCACCUCGGCCCGGUGGUCUCCAAGACCCUCAACGCCACCUGCUUGGUCUGCUGCCUGUGCCGGAACCCGGCCAACUACAAAGACCAGGGGGACCUCUGCGGGCCAUAUUACCCGGAGGACUGCCUGCCGAAAAAGAAGUCGCGGCUGAAAGACAAGAUCAAAGUGGAGGGGCUGAGCGAAGAGCCUCCCUCCCCUCCCCUCCUCAAAGGGACAGAUAAUAAUUGCGCAACCAGUACGUUGGGUGGAAAGCCGCCAAGGUUGGACAGUGGGGCUGACUCAGCGAAACAGAGCACGCUGCGCUCCAGUUCGAGGGGGAUGUUUAGGAAACUACAAAGCUGUUACUGCUGCGAUGAGAGGACAGAGGGAGAGGAAGCAGCAGCCGCAACAGCAGCAGCAGCAGCCGCAGCCGCCGCCGAAAAACCCAAGAGGCACGAAUGCGGCAAAGCUGAGUUGUCGCCGCUGGAUCCUGCUGGAGAUACGCAGGAGCACUGGGUUCACGAGGCCUGCGCAAUAUGGACAGCUGGGGUUUACCUGGUGGCAGGGAAGCUCUAUGGACUGCAGGAGGCAAUAAAGAUGGCCGCUGAUUUGAGAUGCUCCAGUUGUCAGCAAAUAGGAGCCACCAUCGGCUGUUGUCACAAAGGGUGCGCCCAAACCUUUCACUACACAUGUGCCAUUGAUACAGGUUGUUGGUUAACCGAAGAGACCUUCUCGCUCAACUGCCCCAGACAUAAGAAACAGCCCUUAUAAUGCACCGGUUGAGAAGGGGAAGUCAUUGUCGUCUCCACCAAAGUCACACAGCCCUGGGGAGAGGGGAGAUGGCAGCGGCGGAAGCGGCGGUGGGACUUUGCUUGUGGGCACCCUCACCACCUCGCCGCAGGCAGCCUCUGCAACCCAACCGAACUCCUUACGGGAGUGGCAAAGAGAAUGUAAUCCAGCCGCGUUCCUCUCCCUGCCUUCCCCCCACAACCUCCACCAUCCUCUCUUUUUUAUUUUUGCAAUAGUACUUCUACUGUGAACAGACCUGGCUGCGUGCAGAAGGCCCUUGCCCCAGUCUCCAGCGCCUGUGUUUGCUCAGGCCUCUCUGCAGUUUGAUCGGAUCCUGGACGCCAGCCCCGCUUCUGAUCCCGGGAACCCUACUCAAUCUCACGACUGGCUGGCGCAGGACUUUGGCUACGGGUUCCAAUCCCCCACCUCUGGAAUUCUUCCAAAAUCCCUUCCAGGUUGGUGCAAACACAUCCACGCCAAAAAAAACCAACAACCCCAAAACCCACCCAGUUCUGGGUUUUCGAUCCUUCCUCCGUCCGUUCUCCAAAUGCUACCCAGGUCUGGUUGAGGAGAGAAGAGGAAACGUCGUUCCGGGUUUUUAUUCCUCCCUUCUUCCUUCCUUCACUUAGGAGCUGUAACCAAUACUAAGAAGCUAAGAUCUUCUCUACCUGGGACAUGGCUGCUGACAAAACCUGGCCUGGAGCUUGUUGUUUUUCUCCGACGACUCUCCCGACGGAGAAUUCCCGAGGAUAUGCGACUCCUUGCCUUUGUUUUGGAACUUGCGUCCUUUGGCCAGAUUUUAUUGGAAGGCACACGGUGGAUGAUACCUUUCUCGAGCCCAGGCCCGAUCCGUACCAGUACCAAACACAGUACCCCAGUACCAAACUCUCUUUCUGUACGCCAGAGAGGCUAAGGGCAGCGGGCUGAAGCCGGCUAGAAACGCCGCCGUGAGCAAUAGUUUUCCGCUCACGUCGUCUUUUUCUCUCGGGGCUCCCGGGAGCUCUCCAAGCCCCUCCGUCGUCUUUAUUGCCGAUCUGAUCUAUUUUUGCCUUCAGCAGACCUCACGGUGCGUGUGCGUGUAUGUGUGUUUCUGUAUAUAUAUGUGAUCAGCGUGUAAAAAACAAAAGAGAAAAAAACAAAAAAGCACCCUGACGUUUUUUGGAAAACAAUGCCGCGUCGCUUUGGUUCGUUCGCUCGUUUGUUUUGCUUCCCGUCCCUUGUCCGCCCGACUUUUCCCCCGCCGCCUCCACCUUUCCUUGCCUCCUUUUCCACUGCAUCAUUUACCAUUUUCCUCCUCCGGGUUCAACUCCCACCUACACCUCUUGCUUCACAAGAGGAACAAAAGGAAAACCCAGAAGCUGUUGAGACCGAGGCAGAGAGCAGAAGGGCCUUUCAACAUCAUGGAGAGUCGUUGUUUCGUGAGUCUACUUUGAUUUGUCGCGCACACUUCACCUGCAGCAAAACUUCAUGGAGAGGUGAAAGCCUGGACAAACUCUUUCCAAAAUUGCAAAGAAGGAGGGAAAAGGAAUUGGUCUGGCUGAGAGUAGCUAAAAGUAUUGAGUAGUUCUGUUCACACUCAGGGCAAUGCCAUAGCCAACACAGAAGUGGGGUGGAAUCCAUUUGGCAACAUACAUGGGGCGCAAUGACAAAUUAGGAUCUAAAUACCCUAUAGGCACCAGAUUCUGUCUGACCCAGAAAGUUAAGUAUCAUCAGCCGUGGAUAGUACUUGGACAGGAGAAUCCCAAGUGCUAUAUUUCUCACCAACGAAUUCCAGGUGCUAUAUUUCAAAGGAAGGAAGUGGCAAAACCGCCUCUGAGUAGCCCUUGCCUACGAAAACCCCAAUAAACCCAUGGAAUGGCCAUAAGUUGACAGGCAACUUGAAGGCACACACACAAUUUCAAAUUACCCCGGAUCUGUUCUUUUUGGGGUUUAGUAGAUUUGGCACUUCACUAUAAUGUGCGCACGCACACACACACCUGCCAUUGAUUUGCAAGUGCUUUACUUACCGUUCUGCAGCUGUUCUCCCCAUCAGUGGCCAUUUAGAGGUAACAUCCAGCUGUUCUUGCAGCUGGACUUAUUCUGCUGGACCUUCCAAGGUUCCUUCGAAAACCCAUGUUUGGCCCAAGAGGAGAACAUCAUCUUUAUAUCUCUGGUGUGUGAUCCCUAUCUUCCACUUUUGUGACCACUUCUCCACAGCGGUCAACCAAAGCUAUUUCUCAAUCCAACUCCAAUUUUUUUUUAAAGCAACAUUGUGCGGAAAGCCCCCCAAAACAUAUGAAAACACCUGAAAAUACCCCUAGAAAUACCCUAGAAUCUCAUGCUGCCCUCCUAGAUCUGCUUUCCUCCACAGUCCCUCUCAAAAUGGCAACAGCAAGUAAUGAGACAUCCCUUCCUGUUGCCAUUUUGAGCAGGGCUUGAACAGGUAUUUGGGCUUGCUUUGCGGGAAGGCUGCCGUCCACAGAAGGUGUCUGCUUGGAAAUGAACCCCUGGUGCCUAUAUAGUUGCCACCGCAGUCUAACUGUAGAAACAUAUAGCUCCCUUGGCUACUAAAUGGCUGCUGAGGUGGGUACCCCACCUGAAGAACAGUGAGAAGCACAAGGGGAAGGAAGUAGUGUAGUAAUGCUUGGCGUUUUAUGCUCUGCCAACACAAUCUAGGAUAUUGCCUGUGGUCUCCCAGCAUAUUUGUGCCAACCUCUCAAAGCAUGUGUGGCUGGGUUUGACAGAUCAUGAUUCAGGCUGUUUGAUUCAGAGACACUUCCUCGCAUCCGCUUUGUUAACCUGUGGCUUCCAGGAAGAAACUCACUCAUAUUGAUUUCUACUUGUCAGAGCAAUGACUGCCACAUGACGGUUCCAGCAUGCCACCACAGACCACCAUAAAUGGGGACAGGUGGCCCAGGGCUACACUCAGCAUUGGGUUUCAGGUGCUUAAGACUGGCCCAGCAAGUAUGGGGAUCCACAUAAGCAAUGCCACAUCUGCAGUGGUAACACAACAAGACUUACCCCUUGGCCAGACGUUGAGAUGGAUCCCAAUCCCGCCCCUCCUGGACCAGUCUUGCUAUCGUUUUCAGCAUUGGGAAUGGGCAUUUCAACCAUCCCCACUGCCAUGCCCUGCAGUUUUUGCACAGAGCAUGGCAAUGAUUCCUUUCCAAUAAUUAACUAUUAAUUUGUAACACCUAAUUUGCUAUCCCCCUCCCCAACUACUAAAAGAAUUAUUGUAAUAGUUAAGCAUUAACAAUGAUAGUUUACAAAUUUCUAUUGCUUUAAUUCAUGGCCAAACAAAGUGAGGUUACAUGCUGCCACCAAAGGUUGUUCUCCCCAAUCCAACCAUUUUUUGGCCCAAACAAGAUUGACUCCUCUUUGAAAACCGUGCCGUUCUUAAAGCCUUUCUUGUUACAGGAAGAAAAUUGCUAAAAUUACUUGCUGCUUCCUUGGAGAACCAAACAAGUGAAGACAUAUGUCCCUCUUUUUGGCAUCUUGCGUGGCUCCAAGAAAGUCUCCAAGGCCUGAGAAAUGACCCUCAGAACUGCUGCUGUUGCCCAACCAUAACUUUAUUUCAUGUUCAGGACUUUGAAAUGAAUUUUUAGCUGUGAUGAGGAGCCAAUUAUUCUUAUGCAACAUUUUCUUUAGUAUUUUUAGUGUCGUCAAAUUAAUUCUUAACACCAACACGUUAACCUUAGCGAAUUUACUUUGAUACCAUCCAAGUUCUCCUCUACCCAAAAAGCAAACCUGCCAUGCCUGAGGCCAUUAGGGAUCAGCUCUGUCUUUCUCUUCCCUGCUUGUGUUGCAUGCAUGAAUUGUGUCGGUGGGACACACAUACACAGAAACAGAUAUGCACACAAUGUGUUCCCAGGAGGGUCCCCUUUCUUCCAUCCCAUUCUUUUUGGGCCAUUCACCAAGCUGCUUUUUGAAGGGCGGUGAGUAACUCCCACUCCCAGCAAAGACAAAGAGCAAAAUGGUGCAGAGAAGGAGACAUUUUAGAGACCGUAUAGAGAUGCAGAAAAUCUCCAGCAGUAAAUGACCCACAGAACUGAGUAGCUGAGGUUGUACCGUGUUGGAAAGAAAACCUGGAUGUCAGAGAAGUUCCUUUCCCUCUCUUGACUACUAAUCCCCGUAGGCCUCCUUAAUGGCCAGACCGAUCCCAAGCCACUCUCAAGUUACCUACGGAAAAGCACACACCCCUACACUCCUUUUGUGCGCCAAAGCCAAACAAAUUGUCCCCUGACCUGUGCGGCUCUUGCGACAUAUCACCUUGGGAGUCCUCCCUUUGUGCGCUUUUCAUGAAAGGGCCCUUUGUUGGUGCCGUUUGGUGGAAAAGUAGAAAACAGGGAGAGCAGAGAGCUAACACUGUAGCAUAGAGUCAUGUGCAUCUUUCUCUCCCAAAGGAUUGUACCAUUGAACCAGUCCAGCAAUUCCCUCCAUCUCCUGGAAAGCAAACUCCAUAGGGAAUGGGGAAGCAUUCAUUGUGCCCAAAUGUAUUUGUAAUGCAUCAGAAACCAGGGAGGGGAAAAACAAAACUCUUCCAUGCACUUAAAGCUCUUAAGAAUGUUAAAAAUUCCCCUAAAUGGAAAGGAAUGGAAGAUAGGGUUCUUGCUCUCGCAACACUGAAAAUGUAACUGUUUCAAGAAACUGCCUGUAUGACUGGGAUGAAAGCUGAGUUGGGUUGUAAUCGGUUCCAUACUCUUGUUUGCAAUGUCCUACAGAACAGAAAGUGCUGCGGAAAGUUUAAAACAGAGUAACAACUUGACAACCACACUGUCACCGUUAGGACAUGGAAAUUGCCAGGCCUGCCAUAGGCAUGAGGCCCUUAUGUUGUAUGUGCUUCAACGCUUCGUUUUGGUUGAAGUGCAGUCAGCCUCCGCAUUUGUGGCUUUGACUUUUGUGGAUUUCAUUAUUUGUGCAUUUCAUUGGUAACGUUCUCUCUAGGAAUCUAUAUCCUCCAGCAUGACUCUGCUGGAAGCUGACCAUAUAUAGAGUGAUAUAGGUAUUUCUAGGUUCUCCAGCUUGAUUCUAUGGUCAACCUCUGGCUAAUGUUGACCAUAGAGUUGUGCUGGAGGACAUACAGAUUCCUAGAAAGGUGCUCUCGCAAGUGAAAAUAAAAAGUGUUAUUUGUGCAUUUCCCACUUUCAUGGGGGUCCCCAGCGAAUGCGGAGAGCCACUGUAUACAUCUUUAGUCCUCUCUGCUCUUGCGUUGCUCUCCCGAUCCAUGGUUAGCGAGUGCAGUUACCCAUUUGGUUGGUUUCCAUUGCCCUGGUUCAAAAGUAACCAUCGUCCGUUUGUAACCCAUCUGUUCAUGGUACCCGCAUUCAUGCGCUCCACCCCUCCAUCGCCGUAUCCAUCACUGCGUCCGCAGCUUGCCCCUCGAGGUUUGCUGGCCAGGAAAAUGUCCGCUUCGAGGCGUACGCCUUCAAGGCGGCACGUUGAGACCUCCUUCGCCUCCAACAGCAUCGUGAACUCGAACCUCCACCCGAACUCCCCGGCUGUCUUUUGAAUGGCAUCUUGUACAUAAUGACUGUAAAAUGGCGAAAUCCGUGUGUAUUAUAUAUUGCCUCAUUCUAUAGUGUAUAUAUAUGUAUACAUAUACAUAUAUAUAAUAUAUAUGAAAGAUGUAAAUGUUAAAACUAGUGUUCUUAUUUAGUAUAUUGCUUCACACUGAAGAAGACUGUGUGUAACAAGCUUUCUUAAAAGAAAUUUAUUUUCCUUAAGAGUUAAAAAAAAAGAAAGAAAGAAAAAAAAUGAGGACUUUGGAUUCAAAAAACACCAAUAAAGAUUCAACAAUUGUUUUGGAUGUUUGUAGAGUCCCCUAGUAAACUAUUUAUUCUUUGCCAUCCCUUCCAGUGGGAAGAAUAGAGUAGAUGGAGAGGUUGACUAUGUUGCCGAAAUGCAAC